GUCAAAUUCGGCAAUGAUAUUCAGGACCCAUCAGGUACAAGGUCAGGAACAGGCAGAGGUGUAAAGUCUGAAGUUUAAGCUCGGCAAUAACGGCGGCUAAUCGGGUGAUGUAUCACGAAUGGGUCUCCAGUUUCAAGAAUGGGGCUUUGCUCCAUUCUUUGCAUACCAGGGAUGUGACAGGGCCAUCUGAUCGAUUCCAGAAUGCCUGAGGGCAUAUGCACCCCUGGUUCCUUGUUGCCUGUACACUUACGUGUUUUUUCGUCUCCCUUGGCCCCUGCAUUAGUGGGGGUCUAUUUUUUUUUUUGAAAUUUUCCGGCGUUAUAAGAAGCAGGGACACAGCCAUGGCUGCUGACUGCUGACCUAUCUCGUCCUGUCCUCCAUAUCUCAAUUCGAAAAUGUCGCCCUCACCCCGGUCGCUUUUGGCCCCCUUGCUUCUGGCGACAUGCGUGUCCGCACAGAGCGCCGCCAUCACCCGAGCAGAAACCGCUCUCACCACGCUGCAGACAUGGUAUAACGCAUCCACAGGUAUGUGGAAUACCUGCGGGUGGUGGAACGGGGCCAAUUGCAUGACAGUGUUGGCGGACCUGGCACUUGUCGACGACUCUGAAUCGGUCAACAACACUGUGAAAGAAGUGUUCGCAAACACCUUCAGCGUCGGGCCCGUGUCGAACCCGUAUCCCGAGCGGAAUAAUGAUUCGUACUAUUCCAGUGCCGUGAGCACAAAGCGUUCUGUAGACGCCACGCAAUGGCUUGAUGGGUCCUAUGAUGAUGAUGCAUGGUGGGGACUAGCGUGGAUCGCCGCGUACGAUGUGACAGGAAACCAGGAUUACUUGGAUUUGGCCGCCGGGAUUUUCAAGCAUUUGAGUCAAGCUUGGCCAUCGAAAUGUGGAAAUGGAGGAAUUGACUCCGAUUUUACACAUGUUUACGUGAAUGCCAUCACGAACGAGCUUUUCUUCUCUCUCGCCGCGCAUUUGGCCAAUCGUGCCUCUGACCGCGAUUAUUACGUCGACUGGGCUCGACGACAAUGGACGUGGUUCAAGGACAGCGGGAUGAUCAACGUAAACAACACCAUCAACGAUGGAUUAUCGAGCGAUUGUAAGAACAACGGGGGAACAAUCUGGUCUUACAACCAAGCAGUCGUUCUCGGAGGUCUCGCCGAACUGGACCGAGCAGUCUCCAACGAAUCAUACGUGGAUGUCGCAGCAAAGCUUGCCAAAGCUUCGAUCGCGUAUCUGGCGGACGAGAACGACAUCAUCCAUGAGUCCUGUGAACCAGACAGCUGUGACAGCAACGAAACGCAGUUCAAGGGCAUCUUCAUCCGGAACUUGAAGCUCCUACACUCUGUCGCCCCAGACGAUGCGUACGUCAAGAUAAUUAAUGCGUCUGCCACCAGCAUCUGGAAAAACGAUCGGAAUGCGCAGAACCAGCUGGGUGUGGACUGGGCCGGCCCCGUCUCUCAGGUGGAUGCUUCGACACAUAGCUCUGCCAUGGAUGCGCUGGUUGCUGUGAUUGGAAUUUGAUUUUGCAAAUUUUCGCUUGAUUGAGUCAAGGCGUUCGGCAUAUAGAUCGUUAGAUUUGCAUACCUGCUCUGGAAAGCAGGAUAAAACUCAUUAGCUUCUUUACAUAGUUUUUUACAUCAUAUUGCAUAGCGCAAUACCAUCAAAAUUCAAAUGAGGAACAAGAGGAGAACAAAGCGCAUUCUUGCUGUUUGACGGGUUUGUUCGUAGCACAUGGAUCG